GGCGACGAGGAAGCUUUGUGUGGCUGUAGCGCUGUAGUUGGCGAGGACGAUGUGUUGGUCAUUUAGGAGUUUUUAGUAGUUUUCACGUCAUUGAGACUUUGUGGAGGUUUUAUAAUGUUGUAUACUUUUGCACUAGUAGAUGCUGUAGUAGUCUGAGCAUGGGAUACUUGGCUGAAUUUCCAAUCAUGGAUGCAAAGCGAGCAUUCUGCCAUGGCUCGACUGGCAAUCUAACAAAUCAGCACAUUAUUCAAGACCACAUGAUAUCCCAUUACAAAAAGAUAUACUCAGCAAAAGCUGCAGUGGACUGCUCAGUACCAAAAAGUAUGUGUCGCAGCAUAAAAUACAUUGACCAAAAGCGGCGUGAGCAGAUGAAAAAAGAUAUGUCUGAGAGGUCACAAUCAGUAAGGUCCCUUUCACAGAGGAGCCUCAGGAUGAAUACCGUGACACCUUGCUCAUCCAAAAAUACCAGACCAACUGUUCGAGGUGAAGAGAGUGCCCAUUUCGACCUGGGGGGCUCCACCAUGUCUUCGCCUAGAUUCAACACUUCUUUCCAUUGUAAGCAAGUCGUGUAUGCUUCACAAAUGACUGCAAGCUCUCAGAACUGCCGAACCACAUCAGAAUUUAGUUACAGGAGCCCAAAUUCUCGGUGGCACCACCUCACUCCUUCAUGUACCACAUCUGCAAGUCAGAAGAAGUUUAAAAGCUUUCAGGAUCCUACACAGAAAACCUACAGUGGUGAUGUUCUCCUUAAACAUGCUCACUGCUUCACUCAAGAAAAGCCAUUCACCCCCAGAACGCUGAAAUCAGAUUGCAAGCCCACCCUGUCUACUUAUCGGUAUUACACUCCUGCUAGUAGGAAAGGAACAGACGAAAAGACCUCUUCUAAAUUUCAUCGACAAGACACUUACCAUGGAAGCACACACAUCAAGCAAGGAUCUUCAGCAGAACAGGACUCACCCCAGCCAUACAACCUUGAGCAUGAGUGGUCUGAUGAAGAGACAAAUGAAUUUGGACAUUACAGCACAGCAAACAAGUUCAGAGACGGUGAUAUUCUUUUUUCCUCCUCAAGAGUAUCACCUGAAGGAAUGAGGUCCCCUAUAAUGAGAAAAGUAACAGCAGAGGAAGAAGAACUAAUGUACCUGGAGUUUAUUACUGAUGUAACCAAUGAGAUUAUAGCACGAGGGAUCUAUUCUGACAGGGUGCUAGAGCGUGUUUUUGAGCGUCAUAUUGAUAUGAAUAGACACAGAUUAGAUGAGGUCAAAAUGCGCCACCUACUGGAUGUUCUGCAGAAUGAUUUGCAAAGUCCCGCUGCUGCUCCUGUCAUGGCUAUUGAGAAGAGGGACAGGGACAGUUCUAUGUUGUCUAGACACAAGUAUUCAAGUAUGGAGCAAGAUCUGACAUUAACCAAUACAGAUGAUUCAUGUCUUCUCCCUUACACACCCUUUGAUAAGGACACUGAAGAACUCUGUGUAACUCCUUCAUUACAUUCCACACCAGUAAAUUGCAGUGUCUCAGAUCGAGCUGGUCUAAUUACACAAGGAGACAGUGUGGACUUGGAGCUUGAUCACCAAGAGAACAAUGCAGUAUCCCCAACUCCAAGUUUGGGCUCCCAACGAAUGAACAAAGUAGAAAAACAUCAAAACUGUACAGAAAACGAUGAGUUGAUGCAACAGCUUGAUGAACUUGGAAGAAACAUGGCUGAGUCCCUGAGAGUGUCUGAGACACAUGGCUCACAAGAAGGCAUUGAACAAGACUCUAAAGUAAAACUUAGUGAUGAUGAGUUUUGAACCAUCUGUUGGUAUUCAGUUGCCUUUCCAAAGGCACAAUGUCGCACUGAAGAUACGAGUUUUUUAGUGAUUGCUGAAUAUUUUUCAUCACGAUAUUGGAUUUUAGUUUAUUUAAAGAGGAAUUCUACCAUUAUCUUUCCAUUUUUCUGUAUAAUGAAAUUGGUAAGAUGUAAUUCAGAUGUGAUUUGAUGUGAAAUGCUUCAUUUAAGAGAAUCUUAUCGAGUCAGAAUUGUUUACAGCAGUGGUGAUAGGAACCAGACAUCUGAAGUAUUUAAUGCGUCUAAAAGGUACCUCACAGGAAGCUAACAUUAAAUAUGUUUACAUAUGUUGCAUAAUGCCCUAGACAUUGUUUAAUGAUUGUUUUGAGAUAAGAAACAAUGCAGGGCGUUGUAAGGCAAAAUAGUCAUGUAAAUGUAUUUUUUUCAGGUUUGCCAUUCUAGACAUUACAUAGUAAAACUCAGAAAAUGUGUAGGUCCACUGAUCAUUUUGGACAAUUAAUAAGUUGUAGUUGUAGUUGUGACACCCUGGUUCUUAGAGUCUGUACGUUUCUCUACAAUGAACCAUUUUCCAUCAAACCACUCUGAAUGACUUUGUUUACAUCUUUAUUUAGAGAAAUCAGUGGAAUUUCCCUUUAUGUGUCAAAUUCAAGGUACUGUUGCAAAAUUUCUCCCUGCUACAUUGGUUAAAAACUCUGGUGCAAUGCCAUUACUGCUAAAUAAGCACCUCAAAGGGAAGAGGUUUCUUUUGCAAGAGUCUUGUUUGCUACAGAUUAUUACAUUCACUCCACAGCUGCUCGACAUACAGAGUAAUUUAUUUCCACUAAACAUUUCAGCAAUAUACAGUGCAUUCUGUACAUUUUUGGACAGUAUGACUUUUUUUGGUUUUGUUCUCUUCUCUAACAUGCUGGAUUUUAAACGAAACGAUUAUUAUACAUCUCAGUUGCUUCUUGGCCAAUUGUGUUGUUCUUAAACAAGAGAGCUAACAAGAGGUUCAGAACUGACUCUAUGACGUAUGCAUCUGUCUCGGAAGGCCAAAUAAGUAUCAAUUCCAAGACAGCAGGAUAUCACAAGGCUGACAACUCAGAAUAAAGUGAUGACAGAGCCUAAAUCUUAGAUGUGUCAAGAUCAGCUGUUCAGUAGUGGCACCAGAAAUGACCUGGAAGACCAAAGUACUGAAUAAUUAAGG